GAGUCCCUGACAAAGGCCUUGACCAGUUUCAAGCAGGUCCUAACAACCGAGCAACUCAAACAAUUUGAAAACAGCACGACAGUCCCUGAUGCGGGGAGUGUCCUGUUUUUUGUCGCCCAGCUUGAUGCUUUGAACGCGAGCAAGACCAGGCGAAGCAUCGCCCCUCGACUAUGUACCUUCCUGACCGCAACGCAGCAGUUUGCGGGGGCUGUGGAAACAUUCGUCAGCUCCCAUCCGGAGACGGCGGCCUUGAUUUGGGGUGGAAUCAAAACCGCCAUAACCGUAGCCAGCAAUGUUGCCUCUUAUUUCGACAAGGUCACCAACAUGAUCAAGGACAUCGGUCUUACCUGCCCCACCAUUCAAGAGUUUGGCCAGCUUUACCAUGGGCAUGUCGGGCUUCAGCGUUCAUUGUGUGACUACUAUGCCGUGAUAAUUGAGCUAUGCAGCAAGGUUAUUGAGGUGUCUCGCCGACCAUCAGCCAUUCACAUUUUCAUCUCGAUUCGGAAUCCAUUUGAGUCCGAAUUCAAACCGUGGCUGGAGCAACUGGCUUCAUCCAAGGACCAAGUGAUGUUGCAGAUUUCUCUUGCCUCAGAAAUGGCUGCCCACGAGGCCAAGAUGUUGUUAGAGUAUGAGAGCAAGGAAAACUCCUCGCAUAGAGCCUUUACUCUGAAAUUUUUCAAGUAUUCAGCACACCACCAAGAAGAGGCGAGGCAGUGGCAGAUCAACCAGACAAAGAGAGAAAAGGCGGCCUUGAAGAUCAAAACCCAACAGAAUCUGUCCCCCGUCGACCACAUUCCACCUUGGAAACGAGUUCUAAAGCAGCGAGUCCAAUCAACCGCCGAGUGGUUACUGCAUGACGACGCAUUCCUUAAAUGGAAGGCUAGUCCAGAGUCAUCAAUCCUUUGGUGCUCUGGGACGAUGGGCAUGGGGAAGACUCUCCUGAUGUCUAAUGUGGUCUCUUUUCUACAUUCGGCACGACGUGAAAAUGAUUCUGUUGCACAUUUCUUCUGUCAAGCAGACAAUCAGCCAUCUCUUUCGGCGCGAAAUAUCGUCGGCAGCAUUUGUCGCCAGCUGCUUGAUUCGUUGAUAGAGGGGAGCAGUCACGAAGAUCUGCUCUCGAUUGAGCACGAUUGUGAAGGUUUGGACACGAAUGAAACCGUGCAAUUCCUCCUUUCGAAAAUGGCCAAGGAGCGGGCGUACUAUAUCGUUCUUGAUGGGGUAGACGAGUGUGACACGGCUCAGAUUCGCGAGAUGGCUCGGGCUUUGGAGAUGCUCUCUCAAGGAAAGGCCGGGAUGUUGAAGAUCAUUUGCGCGGGUCGCCCGGGCCUUGAGAUGGAUCUGUUCAAGUGGGGCCGGCCACAGUAUCGCGUUCUGAUUGAUCAAGGGAAGCUCAACCUCGAUAUGGAUCGAUACAUUGCUGCAACCCUAUAUGAUUGCCUGGAGGAGGGGGAGCUGGUCCUCCAAGAUGAGGAAAUCAUCACAACGAUCGUGAAAACUCUACGGCAGGGCUCCCAGGGAAUGUUUCUCUGGGCUGGUCUAUGCAUCAGAGACCUAUGUGAAAAAAACUGCGAUGAAGACAUACUUGAAGCGUUGAAAUGCCUUCCACGUGGCUUGGCUGAGCUUUUUGAUUCAAAGCUUCAUCGAAUCCAGCAUGGAAAGGAUUCUCACCAUGCAAUGGACUUGCUCCAAUACUGCGGUGUGGUGAAGCGCCCAUUGACCAUUGAAGAAUACCGGGAAGCUUUAAGCAUCUCCCUCGGCGAUAAGUCUCUGAACACGAAGCGGCUACCCAACGAUAUGAAUCGGAUUGUCCGUGGAUGUUUCGGUUUGACAUUCAUUGAUGACGAAGAGCAUACAAUUCAUUACACUCAUCAUAGUGUCAAGGAACAUCUCUUCCACACUAAGAACAAGGAUCCCGCAAAUCUUGACGCCAAAGAAGUCAAUGAGCACUUCGGCUUUUUGUGCAUGACAUACCUAAAUUUCACCAAUCUCAGUCGUCAGUUAGUGAAGGCUGAGAAAGAACUCAUGAUCGAUCCUCUCUUUCUUGGCGCACUUUCUCUUUCCAGUAAAAAUAGAUGGAUAUCGGGGGUGCAGUCAUCCUGGAAGAGGCGGUCACCACGCAUCAACAUUCGAACAGCUCUAGAUUCGCUGGGAGAUCCUAAGUAUCAUAGAUCCUCUUCAACAGACGCGAUGCAAAAUGCCGCCUUUCUUUCUUAUGUCAGAGACUAUUGGUUCUUCCACAUGAAUGACAUUAAGCCAUAUGACCACUCAAUGUGGACUCUUUUCUGCAAAUGCAUAGAAGAUAGGUCUCUACCUUUCAGCCGACCUUGGGACCUGGCAUUACCAGAGCUACAAUGGCUACAAUGGGCGGUGAAGCACAAUCACUAUGCCUUAUUCCGAUACUUGAUUGGCAUGAGAAAUCUCACGAUGUCAAUAAAGGAAUUCUCAUCGUUCCCAGACAUACUGGUUGAAACCAGUCAUCCAUGGCUAGAAAUUCUUAUUGAUGUCCCGCAAGGCGAAACAGCUCUUUGUAUAGCCAUAUCGACGCACUCAAAUGCAAGCGGGAUAGACGAGAUUGCAACUGUCGCUGAUGAGAUCACUAAUUUGAAGUCUCUAUCAAAAUUGGGCAGAUAUCUCGCCGACCUUGCGGAGUCAGGCCAAUGGUCUGUCGUCAAAUUAUUGGUCAAGAGUGGGGUCAAUGUCAAUAUUUGCGGAGAAGACUCUAGCAAAACAGCCCUCCAUUGGGCGGCUCAAAAGAACAAAAAGGAUAUAGUCGUACUACUGAUAGAACACGGAAGCGACCCGAAUACACUUGAUCUUUUCGGUCAAACAGCCUUGCAUUAUGCUGCGGAAAGAGGAUUGGACGGCAUAACAGCAACUCUGUUGAAGGUAGCCGAUGCUUCUAUUGUCGAUACCAAGAAAAGAACAGCCCUGCGAUGCGCGAGAGAUAAUGGCCACGCCCCCACUGUGAAGAUGCUC